GGGGUCAGGAAGGCGGUGUAGGCUGGGACAGGCAGCUGUGUCCAGCGGGUGCACGGGGGACGGCUGCUGUGGAGCCUGGCACUGUGCCCACCAAGCCCCACCAGCUUCGAACCCCAGCGCACCGUCAGCGCCGGCGUUUCCCCGCUUUCAGGAGCUGUGCAAAUACGUAAGGGGUUCAGCUUGUAGGAAAAGUGAGUUUCUGCUCCUUGGGGGUGUAGAGAGAAACUUGGAAGUGUCUAUAAGUCUAACCUAAAAAAAAAAUAGAUGAGAAAUCCUGGUUUUGUUCUUUAUAUAGUUCUUACACCCAUCAUGUGAUUAUCUUCAGUAGCCUGAAUCACAGUUUAGCGUUUGGCAUUGGCAGUAAGCUACCGAGGACUGAGGCUGGCUUUCCCGGCGAGGCACUCCGGUUAGGAAUCACACCGGGUUUCCCCCGCCGUUGUUUAGCUGCGGGGCCCAGGCAGAGGCAGCCCGGCUUCCUACGAGAGAGGGAGGGAGGGAGCGAGCCGCACGCAGGCAUUUCCAGAGAGUUUUGAGCUUCAAAGUGUCACUCCCCCGCGGAGGCUCUCCCACCGCCGUGCCGUGCCGUGCCGUGCCGAGCCGUGCCGAGCCGACCUCUUCCACUUCCUGCUGCAGAGCCAGUUCUACCGCUUACCUGGGAGAGGCAGGGAGGGUGUCGUAAAAAGAGGGAAAAAAAAACCAAACCCCAACAACCCAACACCCAACCCGCCCGGCCGGCCGAGGAAGGAGAGCCGGGCACGGCGGGAGAGCGACGGGGGUGCGCAGGAGGCACGGCAGCCCUCGCUUUCCUGGGUCGGCUCAGCGUGAGCUUCCCUCGCCGGCAAGCUGCCCCAGGGCUGCAUAGGACAGGUCCACAGACCUGGUGAGGGAGAGGUGGCUGGAAAGCGUGAAGAAAAUGGGAUCGUAGACCCCUUUUGCACCAUCCUCCUCGGCAUUGGUAUGGAAACAGUGGGAGCAAGCCGACAAAUACAACUUUGAUCAAAAGAGCGAAGAUCUUUUUCCCCUCUCCGGAAGUGAUGGGGAGCGCAGCUACACUCGUGUUGCAGAGUCUCUCUUCUGUUUCUUCAUGACAGAAGUUUUCUAGUCAAAAGCAGUUUGCUGGAAAAUCCUGGCCUUGCAGUAAGGCAGCUGACUCUCGUUUCCGGUGCCACUACAAAACUUGGAAAUGGCCUCUGUGUCAGGCACUUUUGUGGGUCGAAGCAUACCAGUCGAAGUGGAUGAAUCCAUGCCAUGGUCCCCGUUUCCCGAACAUGUCUUGGAAAGGGCUUUGCAGCCUUCUGGGGGGGAUACGGAGGAUGAGGAGUCCCACAGACCGUGUGUUGCUCGAACACCUCAGCCUGUGGCUGAUCCAUCAUGCCACUGCAGAGCACCGGCACGUCAUCAGUCAGCACUGUCUGUGGAGCCGGAGAGCAGCUUGUGGGCAAAAUAUACUGAUCCUAAUGGAGAUGGACGCUUCUGUUCCCCUGGUGAAUCAAUAGCUGGAGUAGUUCCCUCCAGGAUGCAUCUUGUAGCUAUGGACAAACCAGGCAUGCAGCCAAGAUCACAGCUUUCAGUUGACACCGGGCACAACUCCAGUAAAUCAGAGCAGAGCUUGUCUGACGCUCCCGAGGACUUGCUGGAAGAGAGCAGCCAAGGGAGUUCAUGGUCACAGCAACCCUCAGGAAACAGACCCCCAGCAGAGCUGGGGACUGUGGACACGGGGUACAAUUCCCAGUCACGAGACAUCAUGGGCAUCAGGCACCUGGAGCCUCCCUUACCGCUGGUGUCCGUGCUGAACCCCCAGGACCUCCCAGGACCACUGAUCUCCAGAGAGUUUUUUGGACCUGAGCAUCAGCAGUGCCCUAUGUGCAAGCACUUGCCCCAUCCCAACGCCUGCUCACAAGCCCGUGGCUGCUUUGGGCACCGCUGCCCGGCAGAGCAGCACCCCCAGGGCCCAUAUGGCAGAGCUCCUUACCAACAUUUUGCGCAUACAUCGCAACCACUUCCUCCUGUUCCUGGACCUUGCAUGAGAGUUAUCCGCCCGGCCCAGCAAGUCAUCCCCAAUUACUCAAACCUUCGUGCUCCCAAGGCCACUGGAGACCGACCACCCCAGAGGACGUGCUCCUCCCCUGGUCCUCCUCGGUUCCUAAACCAGCUCUACAACCAGCUCCCUAAUGGUCAGCUUCCCCCUAAGGCAUGUGGCCCAGAUGAAGCAUGCUGUUGUCCUUCUGACAAUUUUCCAUCUCCGGCUGCUGUCCCGAGACCUCUCAGUAACCCUGCAGCCAAGGGAACGCUGAGAACCAGCAAUUUGCCAGAGGAGUUGCGCAAGGUCUUUAUAACCUAUUCGGUGGACACAGCAGUGGAGGUUAUGAAAUUUGUGAACUUCCUGCUUGUAAAUGGAUUUCAAACUGCUAUUGAUAUAUUUGAGGACACGGUACGAGGUAUUGACAUCAUUAAGUGGAUGGAGCGCUACCUAGGUGAUAAGACGGUGAUGAUAAUCAUAGCAAUCAGUCCAAAAUACAAACAGGAUGUGGAAGGGGCUGAAUCCCAGCUGGACAGGGAUGAACACGGCUUACAUACUAAAUACAUCCACAGGAUGAUGCAGAUCGAGUUUAUACAACAAGGAAGUAUGAACUUCAGAUUCAUCCCUGUGCUUUUUCCAAAUGCCAAAAAGGAACACGUGCCUACCUGGCUGCAGAACACUCACAUUUAUAACUGGCCAAAGAAUAAGAAGAACAUCCUUCUGCGGUUACUGAGGGAGGAGGAAUACGUUGCUCCUCCAAUAGGACCUUUACCAACGCUCCAGGUUGUGCCGUUAUGAACGUUAUUACUUAAAGUGCACGACAAGCAGUUGUUAAAGGGUUGUUCUUGGCAGGGAGCCAAUGCUCUUCCAGAUGGCUCUUUUUGAUGACAGAAGACACUCUUUCUGCUAAAGGAAUUGGUUGUCUUGGGUAAUUCAGGCUCGGUUUGUUCUCUACCAUGUUAAACAUCUAUUUCUGAAGCUGAUGGGGCAGAACUCUCUUCUCUAGACUUUUAAAUAAGCUGCACAUGGAAAGGAUGCCCAGUUUUACUUUAACAUCUGUUUUUAACAUAUUCCUUUAUUAGUCGAUAUAGCAAACAAAUACCAGAAAUAAUGUCGCAAUAAGUGUAAAAUAAAAAUUACAUCCUCCUUUUUGCUCAGGGUUUCUUUAAAGACAUUCCUGCCUUGUAUAGCAUUACCAAACAGUUAAUUUGUGUAUACACUAUUAAAUAUAUUUGCCUUUUGUAAGGCAACCUUA